CUCACACGUUCCAUUUACCAGUGGGUGAGGUCACGAUCACAUUAGGAGAUGUGGCUGUAUUGGCAGGUCUACCGAUCGAGGGUCGGGCAGUUACUGGGACUGCAUGUAGACUGUGGGUUGAUUUGGUACACAGAUUGUUGGGAGUACGGCCACACCCUGGGACAGAUAUUCGGGGGUCCGCCUUGAGGAUGGCUUGGUUGAGAGAGCAUUUUGUUGGUUUACCUGCUGAUGCUGAUGACGAUGUUGUGCAGCAGUACGCGAGAGCCUACAUUCUGAUGCUUAUGGGAGCUUCCACGUUUGCGGACAAGAGCGGGAAUGAGGUGCAGGUCUUGUAUUUACCCAUUCUGGAGUCUUUUGAUGUAGCUGCAGUUUAUAGCUGGGGUAGUGCGACUUUAGCAUACCUAUAUCGGCAGUUAUGUCGAGGAUGCCAUCGUGACGGUGGAGAGAUGGGUGGGUUUUUAUUGUUGAUACAGCUAUGGUCAUGGGAGCACAUUCAUAUCGGCAGACCUGUCAUACUGCGAUAUCAUGGGAUAGAUGGUGGUCCUCUUGAUGAUGAUAUGGAUCAGCACGCUGUACUUGGGCCACAUCAUGUUCGUGGCGAGGAUCCUUUGGGUCGUAGAUGGCUAUUUGCUCAUGUCACGCGCACGUCAUCCGCUGCUGGAUUAGGAUACUACCGAGAUGCUUUAGAUCGCUUGUGUGAUGAUCAGAUGACGUGGAUGCCGUACACUGAUGAGAUUUUAGGGCUGUUGCCUCCUGUUGCCCGAGAGCACACUGAGAUAUGGCGAGCACGUGUGCCCUUGAUAUGUUUUGAUGUAGUGGAGCAUCACUUUCCUGAUCGCGUACUACGCCAGUUCGGGUUGCAGCAGAUUACUCCCAGACCUUGUGAUACAUCUGUGGAUUUGCACAAGAUUGAUAGACGGGGGAAGCACACUGAAGAUUGGGGGAUGCGCCAUAUUCAGUAUAUCACUAUGUGGGAUGAGAGAGCGGCGUAUAUAGUGGACGGGAUCCCAUCAUUAGUCCCCACAGCUUCUGUAGACUACAUGAGAUGGUAUUACACCAUCACACGGGUGUUUAUCUCUCCCAGUUUUCGUUUACCCACUGAUCAUUACCAGCCUAGCUCAGUCGCUCUUCAUAUGACGACACGGGCUUUGCGUAGCAUCCAUGACAGAGCGACUGCUAUACUUGAUGAGGCGGUAGAUGUACAGGGAUACCAUGACGCUUGUUCAGGCAUUGUUUCACUGUGCGCUGAUGUAUUGGGUCGAGUGGAUUAUGGAUAUAUGGCCACCUCUCAGCAUUCCACCGCAUCUACAUCCGCAGCAGGGUCUUCUCAGGCAGUCCGACGUGAUAGAGUUGUUCUUCAGCCUCGUAACCAGCGCAGGCGUCCCCGAGCACAGCCACAUGAACUUC